AUUUCAGAAGCUUGACUGUCACAUCCACUCACCACUCACAACUAUCUCACCCUACACGGUACCUAACAUUGUCCUCGUGACGAAGUUAACUAUUUGAGAUUUUUUGUCUCUUUUUUUUUUCUUUCCUUUUGAGAUGGACGUUUAAGUUUUAAGUUUCAAGUUUCAAGCCUCGAGCCAAACCGCAAGUUUAUUAUCUGCCCACCUGCCCACUUACCCUCCCCUACGUAUUCUCUACAUAUAGGUAUUCUGCAUAUCUUAUAUCUUUAUAUCUCACGCCCAGACCCCGGCCGUUCUUUCACGCCUUCUCACUAUCAUUCGAACCAGCCUUGCCGAUGCCCAUCUCCACCUACGAAAAACAACUUCUUCGGGCGCGCGCCUUUCUUUGUCUAUAACCUCUAACUACCCUCGCGGACGUCUUAACAACAACAGUUCUGCAUGUAGCCCCACUUCACCAUUCACAGCGACAAGCCAGGAAGGCAUAUAAUAUGGCCUCAAACAACCACUCACAGGGUAACAGCCCUCUUUACAACCCUGUUUACUCACCCGCACCUACUACAAGUCAGAGCAACCCUCCCCAACCAAUACAACCAAUACAAUCUACUCUACCCACAAAGAGACCUCGAGAUGAUACUGACAUUUUGUCCUUCGAUUCAGCCUCCAUGCAGAAUGGAUCCUCGAGACUUAAUAUGAAUCCAGCCCUUCUACUUAAUCCUAAAGGCUACGCUGCUCCUACUCCGCCUACCCGACCAAAUGCGCCUACCCGUCCUUUCAACAACUCGAAUAACUCGGCCGACGUCGAAUUCCAAUUCAAUAGCCCGGAUUUCCAGUUCUCCACCCCGCAGAAUGGCUAUACAACCACCAUCAGUCAGCCUAUGCCGCAAUCUAGCAAUUUUAGCAAUAUGAUUGACCGCAUGAACAAUGUGGAACAGCGUACAUUGAAUCCUCAAUCAAAACGCCGAAAACUCGAGGCGGAAGAUAAUGUCAGUCCAGCGCACACAUUUAGAAACGGCGGCGGUGGCGGGGUUAUUGGGCAGUACGUGAAGGAGAGGCGACAAGAGGGGGGCAAUCAGCAAUACCCAACCGGACCGGUGGAGGCCGUAGACCUUACUGACAGCGUGGAGGAAAAUGACGUCGUCGUGAUACAAGCUCCGAUGGACGAAGAGAUCUGCUAUGGCAUGAUCCAACACGCGAGUCUUAAUUGUCAUAUCGUUCCGAGUCCCAAACCAGGCGCUUUCGCACUCAUGCCAACCUGGUGGCCUCAAGUAAAGAUUGUACUUAGAAGAAAACUUGGGGAGGCAUCUUAUAUUAUUCACGCCUACGACCAUACGCGCAAGAUAGUUGGAACCGUCGAUGCCACCACCGCGUCCGGCCUCGCAGGCUUAUUAGACUCCCGCCUUCAGCUCAGAACCGACUGCAGGAUACCUACAAGGCAGAAGGUGGCAGGGGAAGAAGCUGGAAAGCAUAUCUCAAGAACCUAUAUCCUUGAUCUGAUGCUUUAUGGUCCCCGGAGGAGUGCCAAGACCGUUGCGAGACAUCUUUCUCAAAAGAAUAUUUGGCUUCGCCAUCCCCAAAGAAUCGAUCAUAGUGUAAAAUACGAGAAUCCACAGCUUGCCGAGGGACCUAAGCCUCCGCCAGUUAUUAAGGAGCAACUCAAGACGAUUCCUACUGCGGCUACGUCGGUCCCACCCUCCAUGAUGUCUAGCGUUGAAGAGAUCCGUUCCGAAGUCAUGGGAGUUUUUGACUCUCUUGCAAAGAACGAAGAGCUUCCUGAGGUGGAACCUGACCCUCGAGUACAGACGGAGCUUCUAAAGCACCAGAAACAAGGACUAGGCUUUAUGAUGAACAAGGAGCUGCCUCGCCAAUUCGACAGCGAUGGCAAGGCUAUCGGUUCUUUCUGGCAAAUCCGUCUAGGUAACAACGGCCAGAAAACGUACUACAACGUAAUUACCGGAAACUCGCAACGCGAAGCCCCUCCCGAGACCCUCGGUGGUAUUCUUGCGGAUAUGAUGGGCCUAGGAAAGACGCUAAGCAUAUUGUCUCUUGUUGCUAGUUCCCUCAAGGAAGCCGACGAGUGGUCAAAGCGUAUGCCUGUUCAGCCACAGGCUCCUCUUAUGCCGAAGAAGAAACCCAAUUCUUCGGGACAGUUUGAUGUACCCACACCACAGCCGCUUGGCUUGACCCAACUAAAGCUGAACGUCAAAACAACGCUUUUGAUAUGUCCUCUCAGUACGAUAACGAAUUGGGAAGAGCAAAUCAAGGCUCACAUCCAGCCUGGCAAGCUGACGUAUUAUAUUUAUCAUGGAUCCAAUCGCAUUAAGGAUCCCGAAAAGCUUGCCAUGUUUGACCUUGUUUUGACAACCUAUGGAUCUGUUGCUAGCGAGGUAGCAUCCCGUAACAAGGGCAGGCAAGGUUCGUAUCCUCUCGAGGAGGUAGGAUGGUUCCGUGUAGUCUUGGACGAGGCCCAUAUGAUACGAGAGCAGUCUACUCUGCAAUUCAAGGCUAUCUGCCGCUUACAAGCCAACCGCCGCUGGGCCGUUACCGGCACUCCCGUCCAAAACAAGCUUGAUGAUCUCGCAGCAUUACUUGCCUUCCUCCGCCUAAAGCCUUUUGACGAAAAGAGCAAGUUUACACAACACAUCACAGCUCCCUUUAAGAUUUGUGACCCGGAGAUUGUCCCGAAGCUUCGGAUUCUCGUAGACAGUAUCACUCUUAGGCGUUUGAAGGACAAGAUUAAUCUCCCUCCCAGGACGGACGAGAUCAUAAGACUAGAAUUCUCUGCUUCCGAGCGCAAACUCUACGAUAUAUUCGAAAAGAAUGCGCAAGAUAAGGUACAGGUCUUAGCGGCAGGCAGAGAGAAAAUGAUUGGUGGUAGGACCUAUAUCCAUAUUCUUCAAUCCAUUCUUAGACUGCGUCUUAUCUCUGCGCAUGGCAGGGAUCUUCUUAGCGAUGAGGACCUGGAGGCGGUGCAGGGUAUGACCCAAGAAUCUGCCAUUGACCUUGACAGCGACGAGGACGACGAGAAACCCGCAUUGGCAGAAUCAAGAGUUUAUGAGGCUUUUGAGCUCAUGCAGGAGACUAACAGCGACUUAUGUAUAUCCUGCCAGAAAAAGAUUGGCUCGAAUGAUAGCGCUAGUAUCGCGUCAGAGCGCGAAGAGGAUGUUCUCGGUUAUAUGACUGCUUGCUUUCACCUUCUCUGCCCCAGUUGCAUUACGACCUGGGAAGAGGAGGUGGGCAAUCACGGGUCAGGUACAUGUCCCGUCUGCCAGUCUCAUGUUCGCUUCGCCUACAAUGAAAUUCGCAAGAGCAAAGCCGAAGUCGAACACGAGGGGCACCAUCAAUCACAUAAAUCGGAAACUAAAGUCAGGACGAAAGAUGGCUACCCGGAAUAUUCGGGACCUCACACGAAGACUCGUGCACUUGUCGAUGACCUCCUAAAAGCAAAAGCCGAUAGCGAGGCUCACCCCGACGAGCCCCCAUUUAAGUCGGUUGUCUUCUCCGCCUGGACGUCUCAUCUCGAUCUUAUUCAGAUCGCAUUGGACAACGUCGGGAUUCGAUACACUCGCCUUGACGGUAAGAUGAGUCGAAAUGCCAGAACUGCCUCCAUGGAUGCCUUCCGAGAAGACAACUCGGUGCACGUGAUACUUGUAUCCAUCAUGGCCGGUGGCCUCGGCCUGAAUCUUACUUCAGGGAACUACGUCUACGUGAUGGAGCCUCAAUACAACCCGGCAGCAGAAGCACAAGCUGUCGACCGUGUCCACCGACUCGGUCAGAAGAGACCCGUACGCACGGUUAGAUAUAUCAUGCGAAACAGCAUCGAGGAGAAAAUGCUCGAGCUUCAGGAGAAGAAGAAAAUGCUCGCAAGCCUUAGCAUGGACAGAAACCGGGUUAUAGAUAAGGCAGAGGCGGCGAAGCAAAAGCUCAUGGAUCUACGCAGCCUUUUCAAAUAA